CCGCAGCCUCAGCUGAACGCCGGGGAGGCGCAGGAGGAGCCGACACCCACGUGGCCAACCUCUGCGCAGCAUGCCGCGCACCGGCUGUGGCAUCCGGAGUGGGCCGAGGCGGCGGGCGAGAAGACCGUGCGCAGUCGGAGCUCGCGCAAGCGGGUCAGGCUCUACUGCAGCUGGUUCUGCCCGUUUGCGCAGCGGGCGUGGAUCGCCUGCGAGGCCAAGGGCCUCGACCACCAGUACGUCGAGAUCGAGCCGUACGAGCUGGACGAGCGCGAGCCCGGCGGCUACACGAAGCGCCAGUUGCCUAUCUCGGUGAAGCGCCAGCGUUACCCUGACUUCGUAGCCGCGUCGCCGCGAGGACUCGUCCCGGCAAUGGACGCGUACGGCGAGCUUCUGUCCGAUUCGCUUCCGUUGUGCGAGUACAUCGACGAGAAGUUCGACGGCCCGCCGCUGCUCCCGCCGAGGGGCAGCGCCCUCGCCCGCGCGAGCGUACGCAUCUGGAUAGCGCACUGCGCCGAGCACAUCCAGAAGCCGUACUACACGCUGCUGAUGGAGCAGGAGCCCGCGCGGAGAGAGGCUGCCCAGGCGAAGAUGCUCGAUGGCGUGCGCGCGCUCGCGGCGGCGAUGGCGCCCGCCGCGUCGGGUCCAUUCUUCUUGGGCGCGCAGUUCUCGUUGUUCGAGGUCGCGCUCGCGCCGUUCUGGCAGCGCUACAUCUGGGUUGGCUCGCACUACCGCGGCCUCGCAUUCCCAGACCUGGAACCGCCCUUCGAGCGCAUGGCCGCGUGGUGGGCGGCGGUCGAGGCACAUCCGGCGGUAUCGGCGACGCUGGUGUGCCGAGCGCGGCUCGUCUCGUCGUACACGACUACGAGCGCAACAGGGGCACCUCCGACUUUGCCAAGUCGAUGCAGCCAGCUCUGA